AUGAGUAGUACUUACGCAGAAUCAGAGUGUAUUUAUAAUAUACUCGGUAAAAAGAAAUAAAAAUAGCAAGAAGGUUUAUAUAGGUCUAAGUAUCCUCAUAACAUAGCUCCUACAGGAUCAACUUUUAUAAAUAAAAACACAACUAGACCUGGAGUUGCGAAUCUUGCAGGCGAAUAUAAAGUAUUUAAAGGAGGGCAUGAAUAUAAAUUUUAGACCUAAACAUUUGGUAAACCAAAAGGAGAAAGUAAAUUGGAUCCAAAGCAUUUUUAGAAAAGAGGAGAAACAUAAUAAGGCCCAAAUGAUGUAUUUAGAAUAAAAAAAGGAGGACCAUUUAAAGAUUCAGUUCCAAAAUUCGUUUAAGGUGAAGAUACAAACUAAGAUAAAGAAAAUGAAAAAAGAAAAAAUUUCGUUAUUUCAAAUGCAAUCGAUAUAGCUAUGAUGGAAGUACCAAUCAGAAAGAUUUAGCCAUUAAUUGAUUAAAAAUAAAAGGAUUAUGGAAAAGUUCCAAAAUAUCUUGAAACUGUAAAAAAUGAUAUUGAAAAAGAGUAUAGAGUAUAUUAAAAAAAUAUGAGAUUAUUAAGAGGAGAAGCAGAAUCCACAAAAUCAAACUAACCUAAUAAAGAAGACUUAAUAAAAAGAAGAGAAAAAUUAAAAAAUUAAUGGACAGAAGUAUAUAAUAAGUAUUCUAAAAUGGCACACAAAACUAAGUUUGAUACUCUAAUAGAAAAAGAGAAAAAAGCAGGAUAUGAAAAAGAACUAAAUCAGCUAGAAGUUGAAAUCAGAAAUUUAAAAUCAGCUAUCUAAAAGGCAGAAAAAUGA